GGCGCCACCGCCCUUGGUGUCGGGGUGUCUGUCAGCAGGGCGGCAAGACCAGGCAAGACCCGCCACCGCGGCGAGUGGGUAGGUGAACCUAGGAUGCGGCCAUGGAGGGCUACAGUCAGCACCGGAGGCUCCGCUGGCCCGAAAGCAAGAGGGUGCUGCGACCGCGCAGCCGCCGGAAACCGAGCGUGGUGUACGAGAUGAUGCCCUUGCUGUGGACGCUGCGCUUUCUGCUCAUGCUGCCCGUGUCCAUCAACGCGCAAGGCAGCCUGCGGUUCAAGUGGGUGUCGCUGCCCACGGCGCUGACGCUGGCCGUGUGGCUGCUGCUGGCCGUGCUGGCGUACUACCAGGUGCGCUUCCACCUGGACCCCGUCAGCGACGACCGCAAGCACUUCCACGUGUGGGACCUGGUGCUGCAGUACGGCGCGGCCAUCAGCUUCUCCUACGUCGCCUUCCUGCCGUACACGUCGUGGGCCACCGCCGGCAGGGCGGUCGACCUCUUCGGGCAGUGGCGGCGCGUCGAGGUCCAGGUGGCCACGCUGCGGGAGGGCGCGGCGGUGGUGCGCCUGCGCGCCUGGGCCACGGCGCUGAGCGUCGUGUGCUUCGCCGUGCCCGUCGUCUUCGGGGUGGGCGCUUCUCCUACUACAUGCUGGCCACCUUGUUCUGGAACUUGA